AGAUUUUAAACAACCACAUCCCGCUCAGUCUCUUCCUUUGUCCGAAGCUCCUCCCAAGAAAGGCUUUGGAGCCCUUUCUCUUUCUCUCUCUGUCUGUGAGCUCCUCUCUCUCUCUAUCUCUCUUCAAUGGAGGUGGUGGAGCUUGCAAGAUAGACCAGGAUUGAGACACCAAGAUUACAGUUCUUCGUGCUGCUGUGAAUCUUUGCAGAGAUGAAGAAGGAAAGCAGUGUUACACUGAAAACUGGGGAGCUAUCUGGUCGAGUGACACGGGCUCGGGCUGCUGCUCAUUGCUCAUCAGGAAAGCUACCCCCUUUGAAAGAGAGAUCACAGCAAAAUCAGAAGCAGUUAUCCAGAGUCAAUUCAAAAAGAGCAGCUUCUGAUAAUACAUGUGUUCCUCGUAAAAAAAGGACCGUUCUUCAGGAUGUUACUAAUGUUUGCUGUGAAAAUGUGUACACGAGUUGUGUCAACUCAAAUAAAAUUCAGGCUAAGAAAAGAAAGCUGUCUAAGGCUGCUCAAGUUUAUGUGUCCAAAGAACCUUCUGUUGCUGUAGACUCACUGCAAUUUCAAGCUGACUCCAAAGCAAAAAGUUUACAGGAAACGGCUUUGAAAUCAGAAGAUACUAUGUGCUCAAUUAAUUUGGAACACAGAGAACUUCUCCGGCCAAGUUCCAAUGACUGUAACAUGGAUGUUCGAUUGCCUGAAAGUCAGAUGUCUGGAAUAUCUGGUCAACCUUUGAUUUCUCAGAAUAAAGACAAGAAAGGUAACCUUUCGAAAGUUUUAACUGCGUGGAAGGAUCAAGACGUCACUAGCAUAGACGAUGAUCUUGGAGAUCCUCUAUUGUGCAGCCUCUAUGCUGCUGAUAUCUACGACACCAUGCGUGUUGCUGAGCUUGCAAGAAGGCCUUAUCCUAAUUUUAUGGAGAUGGUGCAGCGAGAUAUCACUCAAAGCAUGCGUGGAAUACUGGUUGAUUGGCUUGUAGAGGUUUCGGAGGAAUACAAAUUGGUUACAGACACUCUUUACCUCACUGUGUACCUCAUAGAUUGGUUCCUCUCCAAAAACUACAUUGAAAGACAGAGACUUCAGCUACUUGGUAUCACCUGCAUGCUAAUUGCCUCGAAGUACGAAGAAAUUAAUGCGCCACGUAUUGAAGAUUUCUGCUUCAUUACAGACAAUACAUACACCAAAGCUGAGGUGCUGAAAAUGGAGAGUCAAGUGUUGAAGUCAUCUGAAUAUCAACUGUUUGCUCCCACUAUAAAAACAUUUCUCAGGAGGUUUCUUCGGGCAGCACAAGCUUCAUACAAGGAUCCAAACCUUGAAUUAGAGUACCUGGCCAAUUACCUUGCUGAACUAACACUCAUGGACUAUGGUUUCUUGAAUUUCCUUCCUUCUAUCAUUGCUGCAUCAGCAGUGUUUCUUGCCUUGUGGACACUGGAUCAGUCAAACCAUCCAUGGAAUCCAACUCUUGAACACUAUGCCAGUUACAAAGCAUUAGAUUUGAAAACCACAGUUCUUGCAUUGCAAGACCUGCAGCUGAAUACUGAUGGUUGCCCUCUAACUGCCAUUCGCACAAAAUAUAGACAAGACAAGUUCAAGUGUGUAGCAGCUCUGUCUUCACCAAAACUGCUUGAAACUUUGUUCUGAAGCCAAUGCAGGGGACUCCUAACUGAUAUGCAUUGUACACAGCAAACAUCUUUCCUAAUGUAAUCUUCCCUUCAACUACCAUUCGUUUAUCCCUGAGAUAUUAUGUACAUUACAUGCUAAGCUGUCUGAUAUUAUGUACACAACAAAUAUUUUAUGUUUCUGUAUGUACAUUACUUAUGAGCGGUCUAAUGUAGAACUAGAACCCUUAGAUGAGGCGUAAUGACUUAGACACUGAAAUCAUGUUGCAGUGAAGAAUCACCUUGGACUCACUCAGUCCUUUCACUGUGUAUCUGUGAUAAUUAUGAAUAUUAAAUUCUUUCAACGAUCGAUUAUUUGUAUAAUCGAUAAUGUUGAAAGUUCAUUGGACAAGUUUCUUGAGAAGUUCUUGACAA